CAGCUGACAUUUUUAUCCAUUUGCACAGACUGUUGUGCUUGUUAACAGCAACGGACACACACAGGAGAAAAAUGUCCAGCAGGGGUGACUAAGGAAGGGCUCGCUAGAAUGGAGUAAUUUAGUGUUGCAACUGGACAAAUAACAAGCCGCCUUGUCACAGGUGGAGGUCCCAGAGGGCCAUUCCUUUAGCAACCAUCAAUUAACAUGUAGUUUGAGUAUGUGCUGACAAGCAAAACACUUCACCUACUGUUUUGCAAGGUGUGAUCAAGAAAGCUAUCUAGAUAGAAAGCACAGUACCUGCCCUCAAAAGAUAAGGCUGCCAAUUUAGCCUGCAGACGGAGUAACCUACGAGACCGAGAACACAAGAGUCCCCGGAGAUGCGGAAGUAUCCCCGUGCGUACUCUCGCUGGCAGUUAGUGACUUCCGAGCACGGAUCCAUGGCAACGGGACGCUGCGGGGAGGUGACCGGCGCCAGGCCGUGCAGCGCGGACGCUGGAACGAGUCCAAGGGGCCUGCUUCCGUUCCUCACGCCCGCCCUUACCGAGCCUUUCGCAACACUCAGCCCAGGGGCACAUGAGGGGAACGACCGGAAGAAGCAUUUUGGGAAGAACAGCCCGCUCUGCCGGCCCAGGCCCACCGCUCUCGAGCGCCCGGGGCUGUUCCGGGGGCCCCUGCUCGCGGCCGUCGGACUUGGGCCGCCCUGUCCUGGGGGCAGCCGGGCCCUCCUCGAGCCGCCUUCCUCGCUCCGGCCCAGGACCGCAGGCAGCGGCGUUACGCGGGCCGCGGAAGCAGCACAGCAGCCGGCCUCUCAGACCCCGGAGCGACCGGGACGCAGAAAGCGGAAGAGUGCUUGGAAGAACGAUGCAUGUAAGCCUGACAUCAUGAUGUCCAUCCGGCAAAGAAAAGAAAUAAAAACCACAGACGUUUCUGAGGAUUUUCCAGCACAAGAAGAAAAUGUGAAGUUGGAAAAUAAAUUGCCAUCUGGUCGUACCAAUAGAAGAUUAUGGACGAUUCUGUCAUUUACAAUUGGCGGAACCAUUGCCCUUUGCAUUGGACUUCUUACGUCUGUCUACCUUGCCACUUUACAUGAAAAUGAUUUAUGGUUUUCUAAUAUUAAGGAAGUGGAGCGAGAAAUCUCAUUCAGAACAGAAUGUGGACUAUAUUACUCCUACUACAAGCAAAUGCUGCAGGCUCCAACCCUAAUGCAAGGUUUUCACGGCUUGAUAUAUGAUAAUAAAACUGAAUCUAUGAGGACAAUUAACCUCCUUCAACGAAUGAAUAUUUACCAAGAGGUUUUUCUCAGUGUUUUAUAUAGAGUUCUACCCAUACAGAAAUAUUUAGAGCCAGUUUAUUUUUAUAUUUACACCUUAUUUGGACUGCAGGCGAUCUAUGUCACAGCUCUUUACAUAACCAGCUGGCUCCUUAGUGGCACGUGGCUGUCGGGACUAUUAGCAGCCUUGUGGUAUGUCACAAAUAGAAUAGAUACCACAAGAGUUGAGUUUACCAUCCCACUGAGGGAGAACUGGGCACUGCCAUUCUUUGCAAUUCAGAUAGCAGCAAUUACAUAUUUCUUGAGACCAAACUUACAGCCUCUUUCUGAAAGGCUGACACUUCUUGCCAUUUUCAUAUCAACUUUUCUCUUUAGCCUGACAUGGCAAUUUAAUCAAUUUAUGAUGCUGAUGCAGGCAUUAGUGCUGUUCAUACUGGACUCCUUGGACAUGCUGCCAGCAGCGAAGGCAACGUGGCUGUAUGGCAUACAGAUAACAAGUUUACUUCUGGUCUGCAUUCUUCAGUUUUUUAAUUCCAUGAUUCUUGGAUCCUUGCUUAUCAGUUUUAACCUUUCAGUAUUAAUUGCAAGAAAACUUCAGAAAAAUCUGAAAACUGGAAGCUUCCUUGAUAGGCUUGGGAAACUUUUAUUACAUUUAUUUGUGGUUUUAUGUUUGACACUUUUUCUCAACAACGUAAUUAAGAAAAUUCUUAACCUGAAGUCAGACGAACACAUAUUUAAAUUUCUGAAGGCAAAAUUUGGGCUUGGAGCAACAAGGGAUUUUGAUGCAAAUCUCUAUCUGUGUGAAGAAGCUUUUGGCCUUCUGCCUUUUAAUACAUUUGAAAGGCUUUCAUAUACUCUGCUUUUUUAUGCUUACAUAUUUGUACUGUCCAUCACAGUGAUUGCAGCAUUAGUUGUUGCUUUUCAUAAUCUCAGUGAUUCUACAAAUCAGCAAUCCAUGGAUAAAAUGGGAAAAUGUACAGUUAACCUGAAACCAGAAACUGCCUAUAACUUGAUACAUACCAUUCUGUUUGGAUUCUUGGCCUUGAGUACAAUGAGAAUGAAGUACCUCUGGACGUCGCACAUGUGCGUCUUUGCAUCGUUCGGCUUAUGCAGCCCUGAAAUAUGGGGGUUACUUCUGAAGUCAGUCCGUCUUUGUAACCCCAAGAGGAUAUGUAUAAUGCGAUAUUCAGUACCAAUAUUAAUACUGCUGUAUCUGUGCUAUAAGUUCUGGCCAGGAAUGAUGGAUGAACUCUCCGAGUUGAGAGAAUUCUAUGAUCCAGAUACAGUGGAGCUGAUGAACUGGAUUAAUUCUAACACUCCAAGAAAGGCUGUGUUUGCUGGAAGCAUGCAGUUGCUGGCUGGAGUCAAGCUGUGCACGGGAAGGACCUUAACCAACCACCCACACUAUGAAGACAACAGCCUGAGAGAGCGAACGAAAGCGGUUUAUCAGAUAUAUGCCAAGAGGUCUCCAGAGGAGGUCCAUGCCCUCCUAAGGUCCUUCGGCACCGACUACGUGAUUCUGGAAGACAGCAUCUGCUACGAGCGAAGGCACCGCCGGGGCUGCCGCCUUCGGGACCUGCUCGACAUCGCCAACGGACACAUGAUGGAUGGCCCAGGAGAGAAUGACCCCGAUUUGAAGCCUGCGGACCACCCUCGCUUCUGCGAAGAAAUCAAGAGAAACCUGCCUCCCUACGUGGCGCACUUCACCAGAGUGUUUCAGAACAAAACGUUCCACGUUUACAAGCUGUCUAGAAACAAGUAACAAAGAUUUCUGUCCAGUCUCUAUUUUUGAUACAGCAAAACUGCAUCCUGAUGAAACUCAGUAGAUGAGGUUUCCUAUGUACAUAGGUAGCCGGCACCUCAAAGCUGUGAUAUGAGUGAGUUCUCACCGAUGUUUACACACGCAUUACCGUCGUCAAAAGUAUCUUCUGGGAGCUCAAGUCUUUUCUUGUCUUGUCUGUAUCUUUUCCAUUAAUGUCCCUUAGCCUGAACGUUCACAGCUUUCUAAGAGUGGUGUAGAAUUGUGUUGCUGGGGAGAAUAUACAUUCCAUAGAUAGCCUGGACAGCCAUAUACCAUGUAGGAAGAUGAGCACCUGUUCAGGACUUGAAAUACUUCUAAUUUUCAGUUGACUUAAGACAGGUAUGGUUGAGUCGAAUUGAAAAGAUGAUUGAAUUAUUUAAUGUUAUUUCAUUAGUGAAGGCCAAUUGGUAGCUUUUUAAAAAGUUCUUUAUUGUCCUGUUUCACCUUAAUAUUUUAUAACGCUUUCCAAUUAUGCUUUUAACAUUAACAAAAAAAAAUCAUGUUAGUUAGGUCUUUGUAUCAAACAUUUUGUUACACUCUGUCUGAAAGGUAAUAUGUAGCAUGUGAGUAGUAUGUGUCAUGUAUUAGAGAGAGAGAGAGGAGUGUGUGUGUGUGUGUGUGUGUAUGUAUGUGUUUUAAUGCUGGGCACAGGAAGUGUAACAAUUUCCAUACUGUAAGUCCUUAAAGGGGCAGAAAUGUAUGUAGCCAAGUAGAAUCUGUUACUGUUCAGUGUUGCUAUUUUAAAACCUACUGAUACUCUUGAACCUCUCUCUCCUGCAAGAAAAUAGUUUUGCUUUAUUUCUUACUCACUUCAAUUUACUGGGUUAGCAAAGUUUUGUAAACUUUUUGUGUUUUUAGCCUUUGUAUUUUUUGCAGCCUAGACCUUGCAAAGUCUGAAUAUUUUUAAAAUGUUAUAUCUUAACUAGUUCACUAAUACAGUAUUUUUAGCAGACAGCAUUUUCAUACCAAGUUUGAAUUGUGGUCUCCAAUCUUACUGUGAGGGCCCUGGUAGCAUUGUUCUUUUCCUUCAUAAAAGGUAACCAAGUGCCUCUAAGUCAUGCUUGUUUGUACCAACAAAGAGGAUUAUAUGUACCUGCUCAAAAUUUUUUGAUAAUUGCUUUUAUAAUUAAUUUCCAAUGAUGGGUACCUGUAAAAGCUGCUGAUAUGAGCACUUAAUUAAAUGACUAAUGAAAUUAGCUUUCUUCCCUGUUCUUGCCAGUUGGAAAUGAUAUAAAUAUUUCUCCUUGCAGUUGUAUUGAAGUAAAUUACAUAGGCAUCAAGAGGGAUACAUCACAUUUUUAAAUGAUCUUACAGCCAGCUACUGCUUACCAAACAGCAUUCAAAAAAAAAUGUACACUGUCAUGUUGGACACAAGGAUACUCAGCUUUUAUCAAAAGGUAUUUAAAUAAAAAAUUGAGAAUAGUUGGGUUAUUAAAUUAUACUAUUGAAACUUUCGAAUUAUAUCUUUUCUGUAUCCCUUAAUAAGGUUGGAGACCACUACAGUUUAGGAGAAUACAAUAAUAAGGCAUUUUAAUCAGUAUUAAAACUUUAAUUAACCAGUAAUGAUGCAUGCCUCUUGCAGCUGACAGCAUGGGUCAGCGCAUCCUUCAGCGAGUGCCUUACUCUAAUUGAAACCAAGCACAUGUAAGGUACAGUUUGUUAGUCUGUGUGGUUUUGUUCUUAAAAUCCUCUGUUACCUUUUCAGAUGUAUGUAAAUGUAUUUUAGAUAUUUCUGUAUGUUUUCGUCUAAGCAUUUGGGCACUUGAAGUCUCAAUAUACAAAACAUGCACUUAAAUCUUUAUGCUUAUCAUCACCACAACGAUGGCAUACGGUGAUUUUUUUUUUCAUUAUUUGGGUGCCAUUGUUGCCAGAACAUUUAGUGUCAGUCUUCAGUGAAAAAUAUAAAGUGCCAAAAAAAAUCUUGCAAGACAGAAUCCAUACUACACUCGUUCCAAGACACUGUGACCAUGUACAGUAGAAGUUCUUCCUGAUGACCAAAUCUCUCUCAACAAAUCAUGUUAAAUAUUUUUAGCACAUGUCAGUUAUUGUCUUAUGUGACCUUCUCAUUGAAGUACACAUGAGGAAAGAGGAAAAGCAUCUAUCUGACUUCUGCCUCUGGUUUCUAGCCUCUCCUAAUAAGCUGAAGCAAGAGAACUGUGUCCUAAGUCCCAUGCCAGACAGACUUUUGUGGCUGUAUUAAUACUUGGUAAUAGCCACGAAUAAUGGCUCUGUAUUUUAUGGAUAGAAAAGCCACUUGAUUUUGCUUCUGAGUUAGCAGCCAAAAGACCUCUAAGUACAGUAGAAGUGCUCUUCACUGGCCCUGCUUAUGUGACUCCCUAGACCCGGAAGUCUCCGUCCCUCUUGUGACCUGCCUGCCCCAGCACAGCUGGGAGGUCUGCUCUCUGCUGUUCACAGCGCUCUUAUUCCCUCCUGCCCUUGGGUUCUAUGCCCACACCAGAUUUCUCCGUACAAGUUCUACUUCUUAUUGUAAACAGACAACUCAAUUACUUACAUAAACCUAGGAAAUAUAGGUGUCAAAAGAAAGAGUUGUUUCUGCAAAAAUUAAGUUGAAUGCUUUGGUAAGAUUUGAUAAAAGUUGAGUUGCUGAUAAAGGUUGCUUUUGAAUUAGAUGUGGUUAGGAAAAUCAUAAACUAUUGAGGAAAACAUAAAAAUCAAGAAAAUUUCUGAGCUUAGAUUGCUUUGCAGAUUGAUUUAAGAAGAACUCAUUCUACCUUUAAAAAUCUAAACCAAUAGGAAAGUGUUAAAAUGUACCCAAAUCAUGUUACUGAUAUGAUUUAUUCAAGAAGUGGAACUACAGUCAUUGGACCAUAAUACAAAGGAAAGACCUUAUCUUUACAUCAGAAGAUUAGCAAAUAAACAUACAAUUAAACAUUUUAAGUUAUGAUUCCCUGCUUUAACCUACUUCCUUCAUUAAAUGACCAACUACUGGUACUGAUCACAACAGUUAUGAGAGAUUCUACUGUAGUUGAAAGGUUCCAGUUACUUUUAUUACAGGCUUUUUAAAAAAUAGGGAUUGAUUUCAAAUAGGUGUUAUGUAGGCAAUUUGCUGUCCUCUUAAAGAUGAUUUUCUUGACCUUUGUUGAGAUCGACUGUACGACUAUGUGUAUGUGUGUCUGUUUUGAGUGGGUGCUGCCAGGUGGCCAGGGCACAUACAGAUAUUUCAUCUGACCUGCAUCUUUAUUUCACAAUUAACUAAAAAUACAAAUGUGUUUUCUGAUUCUACAUUAACUUUGUCUAAGAUGUAAAAAUUUUAGCUUAUCUUUGGUCAAAAUCUAUCUGAAUUAACAUAGAAGUAUUUGAUUUUUAAAAUUUAAUUCAAAUCUUGGAAUCAAUGGGAAGAUACCAAAAUGUUCUCUGAUUAUACAUCUUGGUUAAUACGCUCCCCAAAUGCUUUAUACAUGGCAACCUUUUGGCCUCAGAGUGUUUGUUCAUGGAAAAAAGCUUUUGAGAUGAGAGGGUUGCUUACUUUCUUGUGGCAAUUGAUUUUUGGUUUUUAACAUCCUAUGGGUAAAAUCUUACAAGGAGGUUUUAUAAUUUGUCGUACUGAAUUGUAUGGAGAUUAUAUACUAAGUAAAGUUCUUUUAAGUCAUACAA